AUGAAAUGUGAUUGCGUCCAUGAUGGGAGAGUAUUUGUGCCUCUUCAAGGGCUUCUUGUUCAAUAUGUGCCUUUUCAAGAGCUUUUUGUUCAAUAUGUGCCUCUUCAGCUUAUUUGGCCAGAUGGAGCAUUUCUAGGAGGCCACGUGUCAAUCCCUGAUUGGCUAUCAUGGAAUCAGAACAGUGUUUUUGAAAGCCAAUCAGAGAUUGACACCUGGCAAGGAGGAAUCUGCAAAAGCUGCAGGUUGUUGAGGGGAGCAGAGGAGAGAGUGCUUUUGGGGCUGCCAGCUGUGAUGAGCAACUGCUUGAAGGUCACUAUUGGGUUUGACCAUGCGUUUAACCUUGUUGCCAAUAUGGGAGGAAUAGGAGGGUCUCAAGAUGCUUAUGGAUUGGAGAAACUCGUUGCGGAAGAAUUGGGUAAGCAGGUUCAUGGGUAUAUGACGAGGAUUGGGUUUGAUCUGUUAUCAUUUGCAGCUAGUACGCUUGUUCACAUAUACACAUUGUGUGGGAAUAUUAAGAAGACAAGACAUGUUUUCAAUGAGAUGCUGAGACUAGAUUUAGUACCAUGGACUUCCCUAAUUAUUGGUUAUGUUCAGAAUGCCCAAGCUGACGAGGCUCUUCAGUUCUCUGGGCUGCUAUUCAAAUCAAGAACUCAACCUGAUCACAUUACCUUUGUCGGGGUUCCUUCUAUUUGUACUCAUGUUGAUUUGGCCUCUGUGUCUCCCUGCACCGAGACGAGUCAGAUUUCAAGAGGAGUGGAGCAUGCAGUAGGGAUGAAAAUGACAACGGCUUCCCGUUCCCACUAG